AUGCUGGGGCAGUCUUAUGUAUCUGUAGCAGGUGCUGUGGUGUUGCUAAUUGUAGCAGUUAUAUUUGUCCCCUCUAAAGUGUCUCGGAAGAAACGAUUGAUGAUUAAUUGGAGUUCUUCAUGUGUCUGCACUGAUUCUUAUGUUACGUACUGUUGGAACUGGGUGUUGAGAUGUGUAUCCAGCAUAAACUACUGGGAACUUCAGUGGUACCGAUUGGUGGAGAGUGAGCACUUUCCAGAUCCAACUGGCCUUCGAGCUCGAAUAGAACAAUGGACUUUUGGCCUUCAUCCAGCAUGCAUCAAGUAUUUCAUGUCUGCAUUAGAUGUUCCAGACGUUAUGGCUGUCACCCGAAACAAUAUAUGCAAGAAUGGGAUGGAAUCACUAUCUAGAGCGGGUGCCAUAAUCUAUUAUGCUUCCGUCUUCCUUUAUUUCUGGGUGUUCUCAACUCCUUCAUUCACCCGAUUCCACAUCAAAAGUGACGGUGAUCUUGAAGUCUACACUCUUGCAGUUGAUAAGGUCCCGAAAGAGUGA